AUGGAGAAAGAGCAGAAGAAGGACGAAGGGCUGGAGAACUGGAUGAAGACGGAUUUGGGGAUGGAGGGAGGGCUGGAGAAGCGGAGGGAGAAGGUUGAGGGGACGGAGGGCUCCAGAACUGGGGGAGGAAGGACGGACGGACGGACAGAUGGAGCAGUGGAAGGCCGAGGGGCUGGAGAACUGGGGGAAGAAGGAGAAAGGAGGGAUGGCAAAGUGGCUGGAGGAAUCCUUGGCCGGCUGGACAGACGGCCCAAGAACCCUUCCAGAAGGACACCUGGACUGACCCCCUCCUCCGCCCGUCCCCACAGCUCCGUGGACGGCACCGCGGUGCCGCUGCCCUUCUGCCCGCAGGGCCGGGCCGUGUGCGUGACACCCCAAGGUGCCACCACCCUCCUCCUCCUCGCCGACUUCGGCCUCCGCGUCACCGUCGGCCCCGGAGCGGCGGUGGCUGUCACCUUGUCCCCGCGCUACCGCAACGUCACCUGCGGCCUCUGCGGCAACUUCGAUGGUCACCCCUACAACGACCACCUCCACAAGGCCACCACCGCCACCACCGGGGCCACGUGUCACCGGCCCUGCCCCGGUCCCGCGUGUCCUCCUUGUCGUCAACCCCCCAAGAGGUCCUUCGUCCACGCCGAGCUCUGCAGUCUCCUCCGGGCCACCCGAGGUCCCUUUGGGGACUGUCACAGCGUGGUCCAUCCCGGCAUCUUCUAUGACGUCUGCCUCCGGGAGCUCUGCGAGAGCCCUGGGGACAAAGAGGUCCUCAGCGAG